CGCCCUCCCCCUCACCCCCACCGCCACGCGCGCUGAAGAAACGAAAGUGAAAGCGGUUUGACUGCGGAGUUACAGCGCGAGACUGCAGAGUCAUUUGUCCAGGAUGUCUUUAGAAGCAGAGGAUUUCUCUCUGAUCGCUGAUGACGACCCUGCAGCGAAACUUAAAACACUUCAUAAAGAAAUCGAAAAGCUGAAGGCAGAACACAGUGCCCUGAAGCAGGACCAUCAGAUGUAUAUUGACACCAGAACCAAUAACAUCAAGUAUACUCAGGAGUUCCUGCAGCGAGCUGAUGGUGCGAGAAAGCGUCUGGAGGAGGAGAAGAUGCGCCAGGACCAACAAAUAAGGAAGGAGCAGGAAAAACUAUAUGAGCUAAAAAAGGAGAAGGACAAACUCAGCAUAAAGAUUCAGAAAAUCCAGCAGGAUUUGGAAAAAAUGGAUGAAACCCACCAGAGCCUGAAACAGCAGACUGAGGUGUCCACCGCAGUGCCGGAGAAGAAGGUAGUGUUUAACGGCGAGACGACUGAAGGAGGCGAUGCUCUGAGCUUUGACGUGAAACCGCACAUUGCGUACCCUAUGGAGGGAGGCAUGGCAUUCAUUACCUUUGAGGAAGAAGAAGUUACUGAAAAGAUCUUGGCUCUGAAGGAGCACGAGGUGAAGCUCGGGGAAUGCAGCAUCACCGUGCAGGCCGAGCCGGUGAAGUUCCUCGUUCCGGACAGUGUCGAGAUGGACACUCAGGUUUGUCCUCGCCGCAUCCUUGUCUCUAACAUCCCCAAGAAAGAGAGCGUGGAUCGCAUCCUGGACAAGCUGGAGAUUCAUUUCUCCAAGACAAGAAAUGGAGGAGGCGAGGUGGAGGAGGUAGUCAUGCUGGAAGAUUCUGGCAACGUGGUCAUCACCUUCUACGACAACAGAAUUGCCAAAGGUCUUACAGAUAAACAGAUUCAUGAGGUUGACCUGGACCGAGGAAAGAGAUGCAAGGUGAAGGUCACGCCCUUUCUCAACGGCGAGAUCACACUGCUAAGGACGUGUAAAACGACCUGCUCUAAGACCGUGCUGCUGACAGGAAUCCCCGCCGUCAUGGAGAAGGACAACCUGCAGGACCUGCUGGAGAUCCACUUCCAGAAAUCUGCCAACAGCGGAGGAGAAGUGGACGCCAUCGUCUACAACCCAAUGGGCGAGAGGACCAUCGCUGUGUUCGAAGAGGACGUUUCCAAACCUGAGUAGGAGUGGUAAAGUGGACUGAGCUGCCAAAUUUAAUGCUGAUUAUCGUAAAGGACUUUCCUCGAGGUCUUGCAUCUAUAACUCGUGCCAUUUAUGAUACUUACCUGGUUUAUGAUUAGAGCUAUGAUAGUAAUAUUUAAUGAUGUUAAAUUACAGUAUAUUUUUCUAUAGCCGUAUCUAUAGCCGACAGCAUCUUGAUCAGACCUUGUUAACGCUGCACUCAGGAUGAUAUCAUCUGAAGCACGCUGGAUGAGUUAACCGUAUUAGCUUCAUAAAGAAAUGAUCCUGGGUUGGAGUAAAUUUAAAUUGUAAAUAAUUUACUUAAAAGUUUAGUGUUUACAGGCUGUGUUUAUUGCUUAAGGUUUAAAGUAACAGGAUUGAAUAAUGUUUGAAGUACGUAUGACUCGUAUAGCAUCCAUGCUAGUAGAACGAAGACAUUAAGGACAUCUAAAUAAUGGCGCAAUGGAUUAUUCAUUUAUUGUCAAUCUAUGCAUUGGAUAAGUGCUUUGAAAACCUCAUCAGUCAAUACGUCCCUGAUAAUGAAGGGGAAAGGGAGGACUUCAUGAGAGGUAUCUUCUGCUUGUUGUGAUUUUCAGAAAAUUCAGCUCAAGAUAAUGUGACUUCAUUUUGGGGGAUGAAUAUAGUCGGGUAAGAAGAAUGUUGAAAGAAAUGAAAAUGUAUAUCUAUAUGAAUAAAGUUGUAUCCGUACAUUGGUCAGAA